GAGCACCCCAUCUCUCAUACUUACGGAAAAAGAAAUUUUGCGAAAUGUUACAUCGUCGCGAAGAAUACCCCAUUCCUCCAUCUCAGCGCAGAUUCCCAAUAAACCCAAAGCUUAUCGUAAUACUUGUCGCUCUUGUACUGUGCGGCUUAUUCAUCAGGAUGGACUCGCCCUCGACAAAUCAGCACGAUAUCCCUAUCCAAAUAUCAAUCUCGGACAUUACUACAAUCGACAGCGAGCCACAAAGCUCGCCAAUCAUCAAGCUGAAAGUUACACUCAGUAACCCAUCAGACAAAGCCGUAUCCUUUCUCCGAUGGUCUACUCCUUUCGACCUACGAGCUGUUCCUAUGGGAAUUUUUGAAUUCAAAUCAGUGGCCACUGGAGAUCUCGCUCCAUGUUUAGGUUUGAAACUUAAUCGAAAGAUGCCACGGGAGGGCGUGUUUUCGGAUGAUGAUAUAAUUACUAUCGAUGCGGGGGCUAAAGAAACAAAGGAUAUUGAGAUAAAAGCUCCAGAAGUUGUACUGAAGAGUGGAGAGAAGUAUGUGGUGCAUGCGAAGGGAUUUUGGAUGCAUGUUCUGGUUGGGGAUAGGGAAGAAGCGAAGAAGACAGAAGCCAAUGUUCUGAGAGAGGACUAUGAGAGUGAAGGGGUAGAAUUUGAAGUAUAAAAAUGUGAGGUCCAACAGGUCUGCUUUGAUGCGAUCAUGUUUGGAUUGUUUCUCGGAUACUCCAUUGUUUUCAAAGUAUGCUUGAUAUUUUUGUUUUAAGCUCUGAACUUUUGGGGGGAAAAAGAAGUUGAGGGGGUGUUAGGAAGACCAGCCAUGAAAUAGAUCAUUGUAUUUCCUUGAUUUCUCCA